AUGCGCUUCCCAAACCGUCAGCAGCCGAGGCGAUCUUUGCCCUCCCGCGACGCCCAACUCGGCUUUGGCAGCCUCUCGGCCCUCUCCACGGCCUGGCCGGUGGGGAUUGACAGUGCGCUGGCCGGGUACCGCAGCGGUACCUCGCCGCAACUUCUCCAGGACGUGACCCAGCGCGUUCCCCAGUAUUAUCAGCCGUACCCAAAAAGUAUCUUGGGUACUUUGCCCGCCCGCUGCUAUCAACCCAUUGCCAGCGUCGCCGCUGCGCCUGCCGCCAAAUUUCGCGAGCGAGCUUCGCACAAGCCGUCAUCGCAUUCCCCCAUUUCUCUCGCUCCCACAACACCACCACCUCUCAGUCCGGCUGUUGCAGCGUCGUCCUGCGAGCCAUGGCCUAGGGCAUCUCCGAUCCAAGGUCACUUUUUCUCUACACCCUACGAUUACUGCCUUACAGACCUCGUUUCCCACGGCACCCCUCGCUCGGUCGCGCUCUUCCUCGUCCGCCUCUUCUCGUCACUCGUUUCGCCGCACGCAACCACCGCCUCGGCGACGGCAAUCUUCACAAUGAAGUCGGCCAAGCUUCUACCAGCCGAACCCUCUUCGCAUCGCAGGUCGCAGCCUGUUCGACAAACUCGCACGAACCCCCCGCGAAGCUCCCUCAAUGCUGGCCGUGUGGGCGCCAGAGAGCCGCCCGCCUCUCGCCCGGUCGGCGACCAGCCCAUCGACAUAUUCCCAGCGAUAACGCAUUUUGCGGAUACAAUGACUGCUCUUCCGAAAGAGUUGGUCCGCCAUUUUACACUACUCAAGGAGGUUGACGCCAAAAUUUUCGCCCCCCAAGAGCAGCUCUUCAAGCUCGUCUCUGCUGCCACGCAAGCCUCUCUUCCCAGUGCCCAGUCUCAGCAUGAUGCUGCGAGCACUGCUGCGCCGGUAUCUGCGCCAAUGAGUGCCCAGGGUAGCUCGACUGGCGGUGCGCAGACGAACCCUCUAGCGCCAGCCUCGACCGACGAGCCCAGCACCGUGGCCGGUGUCUUCGACCCUACAAACAUCCCUCGGCGACAGCUGUUUCGUCAGACCGCUUUCAAAAUACAAGAAAUGCUAGUGUCACUCGAGGAAAAGAACCACGUCAUCUCCACAGCCAAUGAAGCUCUCCAACACCAACUGGCCCGCGUCGAGGAUGUUUGGCCCUACCUCGAAAACGAAUUUAGCGACGAGGCAAAAUGGGGCAGCGCAACGCACUGGGCAUACCCUGAAAAUCGAGGUGGCAAGUCCAGCUUCGAGCGAGCUCGGCGCGAUGGCGCUGCUGCUAUUUCUGCCGCUGCCCAAGCCUUGGCCGACGAGGCUGCGGCUCGGAGCGACGCCAGAAAGCAAGCGGUUCAGGCCAAGAAGAACAUGAGAAAUGCCAAUCAUGGCGCUGAAAUGGAUGGCCCUCGCGAGAAGAAGCCGUCAAGCAAAGCCAGAAAGGCCGAAGACGGCGACAAUGUCGGUCUCGGUAUCUCUGGCACCGCAAAUGGAAACCCACAAAAGAGGCGCAAGACUGAAAAGGCGGCCGCCGGAGGCACUCCCAUGGAGAGGUCAAUCAGCUCUGCGCUUGGUAGCACAGCUUCCAAAGCUAAGACUAGUAGCCCUCGGGCAACUCCUGCUCCAGAGGGAGCCAAAAAGCGCCGCGCACUACCAACAGGCAGCGCGCCCCCAAAGAAGAAGCCCGCCAUUUCUGGCAAAACUCCAUCUACGACAUCGUCGCCGGUUGUUCACAACAUCUCCGAGCCAAAGACUGGGGCAUCACCAGCACCUACAAGCGCGCCUCGACCCGCAUCUUCACGAGCCCGUCAAAAUUCCGUCAAUUCUGCCUCAGAGACUGGCAAGGCUCGUCGCCCCUCUGUCACAGCCAAGGUCACGAAUGGCAACACUGCGGACAAGCCCGAUGCUGUUUCCGAGAAGCCCACAACCGUAACUGAUGUUCCCCUACCAUUCAAGACCGAGGCUGGCAAAAAGGAUAGCGACAAGCAAGACCAUACUACCACAGCGGCACCCCCAGUUCCCAAGAAAGAGACCAGGGUGGAACCGCCUGAAAUCAAGACAGAGUCCACACCAUCACUGCCGCAACCUGCCACAGUUACAACCAAGAGCGGCAGAGCAAGCAAACCUUCAACGCCAGCGCUCGCGACGUUUCAGGACGCUGCCGCUGCUCGAGCUUCAAGAGCACGCAAUGAUGCUAAGAAAUCUCAGCGCAAGGGAAGCACGGCCCAUCUUGUUGCACAGCAAGCUGCCGACGAUGAUGCAACCAGCAGCAUGCAAGAAGAGGACGAAGGCGACAUUGACGGUGAUGAGCCAACUUACUGUUACUGCAACAGUGUCAGUUAUGGUGAGAUGGUUGCUUGUGACUCGGAUGACUGCGAGCGGGAGUGGUUCCAUUUGGAUUGUGUCGGCCUGAAGGUCGCACCAGGCUCCAAAACAAAAUGGUAUUGCGAAGACUGCAAGGAACGGCUCAGAUUGGCCGGUAAAAAAAUCAGCACCCGGUAG